AUGGCACGACCGUCACGACGACUGCAGGCCCUGGUCCUCCUAUCACUAUCAUUGCUUUCCGCCGCGCCUUUUGCGCAAGCACAACUGAGCAACCUCCCCGACCUCUCCACCGCGACCCAAACAACUGCGAAGUCCACCUCUUCAUCCGCAGCCACAUCAGCCACCUCCUCCGCCGCGUCCACAACAUCCGGGGCCUCAUUCACAGCAACAGCGACAGGCGCGACAAGCAUCUUCCACCUCUCCGAUGUUCCAACGAUCGCUGGUGCUGGAAUACCCACACUAGUGAUACCGUACACAGCAGCGGCACCGUUCAUGCAAAAGAGCAAACUACCAGAAGGCACAGUCUUCAUAGCCGUCGGCGCCGUCCUCGCUUUCCUAGGCGCGUGCGUCCUCCUCUGGCGCGGCCUGAUAGCAUGGAGUAUAAACCGCUCAGUCAAGAAGUCUGCUCUAGCAUCCAUCCGUGGAUCCGAGAAAAGCAGCAAAUGGGGUGGUGGAACAAGCACAGGCUACAAUCCGGUACACGGAGGCGGAGGAGGAGGAAGAGGAGGCGGGCAUUACAAAGACUACAACGGCAGCGCAAUGUCCCUCGACGCUCUAACAAAAUCCGGCAAACCGCUAGGCAAACAACACCUAGCCGGCCACGACAUCAAACGCGAAUCCACGCCUCCAGCCGGCCUCUUCUUCUCCCCUACAGCGCAAGCCGGAACCCAAGUCCAGAAUAACCGUGCCUCCUCAUACCUCCCCGCGGGGUACUACGCCUCCCCCUCUGCGCAGCCCGCUGGCGGUGCUGGCGCAACAACGAUCGGAGGCUCCCUGGCUCCGUACGCGAGAAAUAGCACCAUCGCGCCCUCACCCCCAUCCUCACCCGGAAUUCCGAAUUCCCGGGACUCCCGCUCCUCGGCUACAUACCGCAAUACUUCGAGAGAUGGUCUCCGAGCGCCGAGUAGAGAGACUGCGGGAAAUACACGGAAUAGCUACUACGAUGGUAGUGGGAACGCCGCGCGGUCGAGUGCGUUGUAUGCGCAGCCGAGCAAUAGUUCACUCAUGGUGGGUGUAGGCGGGCAUGAGGGCGCGAGGAUGUCGAGACAUAGUCCUGAUGGGCUUGGGACGGGGCAGCAGACGGUUAGUCGGGCGCCUAGUGCUUAUUUUGAGGAUGUGCUUGAGGAGCAUGGGUAUGGGCCUAGGGAGAGGUAUUAA